AUGGUCAAUGGUUCUCGCAGCUCUGCCGAAUUACCAACCAUAAAGAGAAGGGUAUCAAAAGCAUGUGAUGCUUGUAGGAAAUCAAAAACCAAAUGUGAUGGUGAAAGACCGUGUAGCCGAUGUUUAAAGGAGAAUAAGUUGUGUACGUAUUCGAAUUCUAAUAUCGGAUAUGCAGAGUCCAAAUGUAAGAAGCUUUACAACCAGGAAUACGUCGAUCUGCUGGAAACGAGGAACUCGCUUUUGACUAAAGCAUUAAGUUAUUUAUUCAGACAGUUCGAUAGAUGUGUUGAUAGCGGCUUAGUGCAGAUCCAUCCUGAGAGAUUUUCGGAGUUCAGGCAGUUACAAAUGCAAUCCAUGAUUCUCAAUCAAAGAUCUGAUAUGGAUGAUCUAGAUUCGGACGAAUAUGAUGAAUGGGAACAAGUGGGUUCGAGUCAAAACCCUGAGCUUUCUGUUCGCGACGGACCGGCUGCUGCAUGGAUGAACUUACGUAAGAACAAAAAUUUAUUCAUCAACAAAGAGACGGGAAAACUGAACGUGAAUGAAGUUGUUUAUUCUAUUAUCCCAACAAACGUCGACAUGGCAGUGAAAUCUCUGAAUUACAUACACGGUGGUAGGGAACAGAUUGAUAGAGCCGCUCUGGAGGCUGGGUCUAAUAAUAAAACAUCUUCUCAUGUCUAUGAUAAAUUACUUGCUCGAGGUUAUGUCGAUUCGGAAACUUUGUUUACAUCAGAUCAUUCAAAGGAAGGCAUACCAGAGGAUGCAAAUAUCGAACUCCCGAAAAGAAAACGGAGAAAGAUGUUGUCGCCCAAUGAAGCACGUGGUAUUCCUAAUAGCAGUCAAAUACAACAAUCUGAUUCGAUGGUCCAGAUAUUGCCAAUUCCAGCAAUGGCAGACACCGUUACAAUGAAGCAAGAUGUAGAUGGGCGCGUACCGACAGAUUAUAAUUCUAACAGUAGAAUGAUCCAAAGGAGCGGAAACAUCUCAUUAGAUAACGCUGCAAAUCAGUUAUCAUAUUCGAAUCAAGCGCAGCAAUGGUAUCCGAAACUAGAAUAUGGGCAGUUCGAUUUGUUGGAGUCAUUCUCAUCUGACUAUAAGAAACAAUCAACAAAGUAA